CGUCUUCCGCAUUAGUGCCGAUCCGCCCGUCCGUGUAGUCAGUGGUAGGGCGGGUUUGUUGUAGUGGGCAGCUGUGGUAGAACUCUUCACACUGGUUACGGUUUGGGGGCAGGAGAGAGACCCCCUUCCUCAUGGCUAUGAACUACAAGGAGGAAGAUGGGCACCAGGGUCUGGGGCCCGGGCCGGCGGUGAAGAGUAAGAAGCCGGAUAACACUGCUUUCAAGCAGCAGCGGCUUCCGGCAUGGCAACCGAUUCUCACUGCGGGGACCGUGCUGCCAGCCUUCUUCGUCAUCGGGAUCAUCUUCAUCCCUAUAGGAAUCGGCAUCUUCGUCACCUCCAAUAACAUCAGAGAGUACGAGAUUGACUACACUGGAAUAGAUCCAAAUAGCCCUUGUUACAAGUGCUUGAACGUCUCUGGGAACAUCACAUGUCCUUGUACUAUUAAUUUCACCCUGGAUAAUGCAUUUGAGGGAAACGUGUACAUGUAUUAUGGGCUGUCCAACUUCUAUCAGAACCAUCGGCGGUAUGUGAAGUCUAGAGAUGACAGUCAGCUGAAUGGAGACUUGAGCUCUCUUACGAACCCCAGCAAGGAAUGUGACCCCUAUCGUGUGAAUCAGAACAAACCCAUCGCUCCCUGUGGGGCCAUUGCUAACAGUAUGUUCAAUGAUUCUUUCCUCUUAUAUCAGAUCAAAAAUGGAACCGAAGUACCAAUUCCACUGGCCAAAAAAGGCCUUGCAUGGUGGACCGAUAAAAACGUGAAGUUCAGAAAUCCAACAGGAAAUGCAAGUGAUCUGAAAGACAUAUUUAAAGAUACCACAAAGCCAAUAAAUUGGCAGAAACCAGUCUAUGAGCUAGAUCCAGACGACAAAGACAACAAUGGCUUUAUCAAUGAAGAUUUCAUCGUGUGGAUGCGCACUGCGGCACUGCCUACCUUCAGAAAGCUUUAUGGGUUGAUAGAGAAGGGUGAAUCAGCAUUUGCUGCCUUGGCGCCUGGAAAUUACUCUCUGCAUAUAGAAUACAAUUACCCUGUUCUCAGCUUUGAUGGAAGGAAGAGAAUGAUCCUCAGCACAAUCUCCUGGAUGGGGGGAAAGAAUCCGUUCUUGGGCAUUGCAUACAUCACUGUGGGCUCCAUCUGCUUUUUCCUGGGUGUUGUGCUGCUUAUUAUCCACCAUAAGUAUGGAAAUCGCAACAGCGGUGCCGAUAUUCCCAACUAAUCCUUUGCAUCAUGUCUUGCAUGUGCAUCUAGGCAAGUCUGCACUGCUUGUGUGCUAGCCGCCUCCUCUAGUAUUUUGAUUCCUAUUUAUUUUAUGAAAUGGGGUUCUUUUAAACCAUGUCUUUUACUGUACCUGGGAAUAAAAUGCAAGGAAAAAGUUUUA